AUGAAACUCGUCAUAUCUGGCGCCACCGGGUUCGUCGCGACAGAACUGAUCCGCCAAAGCCUGAGCAGUCCGAGCAUAACGUCCGUGGUGGCCUUGGCUCGUCGCCCGAUCACGGUGCCCGACAACCUGGGGCCUGAGGCAGACACAUCCAAGUUGGAGAGCGUAGUUCUUGAGGACUUUGCAAAGUACCCGGAUCAUGUGAAGAAGCAAUUGGAGGAUGCAGAUGCUUGUAUUUGGACCCUCGCAAUCACCCCCAGCAAAUCCAAGUCCAAGCCCUGGGACGAAGUCUAUCGAGUUUGCCAUGAGUACACCCUGGUUGGCCUCGAAGCCAUAUGUGAGGCCCGCAGCUCGGCAAGCAGAUCGACCCCCUUCCGAUUCCUGUACAUGAGCGGCAUGGCCGCGGAGCGAGACCAGACAAAACCACCCAUGUUCAUGCCAAAAUACUGCUUGAUGCGUGGCGAGACCGAGAAUCAAAUCCUGGCCUUCGCGUCUUCCCAUCCAGGCGAGAUGGAAGUCACCGUCGUGAAACCAGGACUGAUUACGCAGCCAGGCAGUAUCCUCAAUUGGCUGAAAGCCACUCUACUAUGGUUCGUGGCUUCGUGGCCUUGCGUGAGCGUCGUGGAAGUCUCGGCUGCCAUGCUGGACCAAGUGGUCAAUGGGUUCGAGAAGGAUCCGUUGCAGAAUCAAGACUUGGUCAGAAUUGCUCAACGCGUGCUGGGCGAGAAGGAUAGCUGA